AUGUUUAAUUCACCUCCGACUUCUCCAAUAUCAACUCCUCCAACCCCUCUAGCCAGUGAAAAUAACGAUGAAAAUGAUGAAAAUAAUGAAAAUACACAAUUAUCGGUUUUCAAAAUAUCAAAUCAAACGAUAACUCGUCGUUUUACUAUGCAAGCAGAAAAACCAACAUGGGUCGAAUUGGAAUUAAAAGUCCGAGAAGCAUUUUCGAUUCCAUCUUCAGUAUCUCCAGGUUUAAAUUAUACAGAUGAAGAAGGUGAUAGUAUUACAAUCUCAUCUCAAUCUGAGCUUGAGGAUUACUAUAAACUAUUCAAAGAUCGUAAUUUAUCCGAAAGUUAUAAAUUUGAGUUGGUUAUUUUUACUCCCAUAAGAGACUAUGUUGAUGAUACACAUGUUUAUUCUUCUCCUGAUUAUGAGGAGGAACAAGAAGUUCGUGGUAUUUGCCCUACUCAGUAA